AGCAGCAGCAGCAGUGGCAGGAGCAGCAGCCGCCCCAGGCGACACUGACAGCGGCCCCGGCGGGCGGCGGUGGCUCCCAGGGCUGGCGUGUGGGUCCCCAGGCGUGGGGAGGCCUGUGGCCGCCAUGGUGCCCUGCUGGAACCACGGCAACAUCACCCGCUCCAAGGCUGAGGAGCUGCUCUCCAGAACGGGCAAGGACGGCAGCUUCCUCGUGCGCGCCAGCGAGUCCAUCUCCCGGGCCUACGCGCUCUGCGUGCUGUAUCGGAAUUGUGUCUACACCUACAGAAUCCUGCCCAAUGAGGAUGACAAAUUCACAGUUCAGGCAUCCGAAGGCGUCCCCAUGAGGUUCUUCACCAAGCUGGACCAGCUCAUCGAGUUCUACAAGAAGGAAAACAUGGGGCUGGUGACGCACCUGCAGUACCCUGUGCCCCUGGAGGAGGAAGAUGCGGGGGACGAGCCCGAGGAAGACACGGAAAGCAUCACGUCCCCACCUGAGCUGCCUCCCAGAAACAUCCUUCUGCCCCAGGGGCUCUGUGAUGCGAAGGAGUUUCCUGCAUCACUGGAGAGUGCCCGCGCCCCUGAAGUCAACCGGCCCAGCCCCUCGGAGACACUGCUGCAGCGGCUGCAGACUGUGGACACCAGCGGACUCCCGGAAGAGCAUCUCAAAGCCAUUCAGGAUUAUCUGAGCACUCAGCUCCUGCUGGACUUGGAAUUUGUGAAGACAGGCUCCGGGAGCCUUCCACAUCUGAAAAAACUGACCACGCUACUGUGCAAGGAGCUGUACAGUGAAGUCAUCCGGACCCUCCCAUCUCUGGAGUCUCUGCAAAGGCUUUUUGACCAGCAGCUCUCCCCUGGCCUCCGUCCGCGACCUCAGGUACCCGGUGAGGCCAAUCUGGUCAACAUGGUGGCCAAGCUCAGCCAACUGACAAGUCUGCUGUCCUCCAUUGAGGAUAAGGUCAAGACCUUUCUGAGCGAGGGGCCCGAGGCCUCCCACCGGCGAUCCCUCAUCCCUCCAGUCACCUUCGAGGUGAAGGCAGAGUCCCUGGGGAUUCCUCAGAAGCUGCAGCUCAAAGUGGACGUGGAGUCUGGGAAACUGAUCAUCAAGAAAUCCAAGGAUGGUUCUGAGGACAAAUUCUACAGCCACAAGAAAAUCCUGCAGCUUAUCAAGUCGCAGAAGUUUCUCAACAAGCUGGUGAUUCUGGUGGAGACAGAGAAGGAGAAGAUCCAGCGAAAGGAGUAUGUUUUUGCUGAUUCCAAAAAGAGAGAAGGCUUCUGCCAGCUGCUGCAGCAGAUGAAGAACAAACACUCGGAACAGCCCGAGCCGGACAUGAUCACCAUCUUCAUCGGCACCUGGAACAUGGGUAACGCCCCCCCUCCCAAGAAGAUCACGUCCUGGUUUCUCUCCAAGGGGCAGGGAAAGACACGGGACGACACCGCAGACUACAUCCCGCACGACAUCUAUGUGAUCGGCACCCAGGAGGACCCCCUGGGAGAGAAGGAGUGGCUGGAGAUCCUCAGGCACUCCCUGCAGGAGAUCACCAGCAUGACCUUCAAGACGGUGGCCAUCCACACCCUCUGGAAUAUCCGUAUCGUGGUGCUGGCCAAGCCGGAGCAUGAGAAUCGCAUCAGCCACAUCUGCACGGACAACGUGAAGACGGGCAUCGCAAACACACUGGGGAACAAGGGAGCCGUGGGAGUGUCGUUCAUGUUCAACGGGACUUCCUUAGGGUUCGUUAACAGCCACUUGACUUCAGGAAGUGAAAAGAAGCUCAGGCGGAACCAGAACUACAUGAACAUCCUCCGCUUCCUGGCCCUGGGGGACAAGAAACUAAGUCCCUUUAACAUCACUCACCGCUUCACCCACCUCUUCUGGCUCGGGGAUCUGAACUACCGUGUGGAGCUGCCCACCUGGGAAGCGGAGACCAUCAUCCAGAAGAUCAAACAGCAGCAGUACACAGACCUCCUGUCCCACGACCAGCUGCUCACCGAGCGCAAAGAACAGAAAGUCUUCCUGCACUUUGAGGAGGAGGAGAUCACGUUUGCGCCGACCUACCGCUUCGAAAGACUGACGCGGGACAGAUACGCCUACACCAAGCAGAAGGCGACAGGGAUGAAGUACAACUUGCCCUCGUGGUGUGACCGGGUCCUCUGGAAGUCUUACCCGCUGGUGCACGUGGUCUGUCAGUCCUACGGCAGCACCAGUGACAUCAUGACAAGUGACCACAGCCCCGUCUUUGCCACGUUUGAGGCCGGGGUCACCUCCCAGUUUGUCUCCAAGAACGGCCCAGGGACAGUGGAUGGCCAAGGGCAGAUCGAGUUCCUCAGGUGCUACGCCACAUUGAAGACCAAGUCUCAGACCAAGUUCUACCUGGAGUUCCACUCAAGUUGCCUGGAGAGUUUUGUCAAGAGCCAGGAAGGAGAGAAUGAAGAGGGCAGUGAGGGCGAGCUGGUGGUGAAGUUCGGCGAGACCCUCCCCAAGCUGACACCCAUUAUCUCCGACCCUGAGUACCUGCUGGACCAGCACAUUCUGAUUAGCAUUAAGUCAUCUGACAGCGAUGAGUCCUAUGGCGAGGGCUGCAUCGCUCUGCGGUUAGAGGCCACGGAAACACCACUGCCCAUCCACACGCCGCUCACACACCAUGGGGAGAUGACAGGCCACUUCCGCGGGGAGAUCAAGCUACAGACCUCACAGGGCAAGAAGCGGGAGAAGCUGUACGACUUUGUGAAGACAGAGCGGGAUGACUCCAGUGGGUUAAAGUCCCUGAGGAACUUCAGCAGCCACGACUCUGGGAAGCAGUGGGAGCCGGCUGGCAGGGCCCCUCCAUGCAGCGGCCCCAACGUCACCGAGAUCAUCAACCCCAACUACAUGGGCGUGGGGCCCUUCGGGCAGCCGAUGCCCCUGCACGUGAAGCAGAUGCUGUCCCCUGACCAGCAGCUCACAGCCUGGAGCUAUGACCAGCUUCCCAAGGACUCCUCGCUAGGGCCCGGCAGAGGAGACAGCCCCCCGACACCUCCCUCCCAGCCGCCCCUGUCGCCAAAGAAAUUCUCAUCCUCAGCAACGAAUCGGGGGCCCUGCCCCAGGGUGCAGGAGGCCAGGCCUGGUGACCUGGGGAAGAACACAGCCGAAGCCUGCCCACAGGAGGACCUGCAGCCGACCAAGCCGGAGAUGUUUGAGAACCCACUGUACGGCUCCGUGAACUCCUUUCCUAAGCCAAUUCCCAGGAAGGAGCAGGAGUCCCCCAAACUGCUGAGGAAGGAGCCCCCAUCCUGCCUGGACUCCGGGCUCCAAUCACCCAGCAUUGUGCUCACCAAAGCCCAGGAGGGUGAGGGAGGCAAGGGCCCGGGCAAGCAAGCCCCCGUGCCCCCAAUCUGCCCAGCGCCCCGGCUGCGCUCCUUCACCUGCUCCUCCUCUGCAGAGGGCAGGGUGGCCAGUGGGGACAAGAGCCAAGGGAAACCCAAGGCCCCAGCCAGCUCCCAAGCCCCAGUGCCAGCCAAGAGGCCCAUCAAGCCCUCCAGGUCAGAAAUGAGCCAGCAGUCCGGGUCCCUGUCGAUGCCACCCACUCCAUCCCCGAGGCCACCCCUGCCCGUCAAGAGUCCAGCUGUGCUGCACUUGCAGCACUCCAAGAGCCGUGACUACCGUGAGAACACCGAGCUCCCCCACCACGGCAAGCACCGGCCAGAGGAGGGGCCGCUCAGCAGGACCACCAUGCAGUGAAGCCCUGGGGAAGCUGCUGGCAGUUCAGGCCAGGAGCCUGGAGGAGAGCCGAAGCCACCCACCGCCUCGCCCAAGACCUCCUGCCGGCCCCUCGCCUCUUCCAGCUUCCUGUGCCAGGCUUUGCAACUCUUAGGAAAACAGGCCCAGCUUCUGUGUGGCCUGAGCAGUGCACUGGCUGCCAAGCUGGGCACCAUACACUGAGGGUGGAAAGGAAAGC